AUGGAGUGCAUUCGCAGACGGCCCAGGGCGUCAGAUCCCUCGGCCUUCAAAAUCAAGACCAAGCUCAACUCCGACGAAGCAGCGCGACGAUUCAACAAGACUCGGGGCGGAUUAAUCCACGCCAGAAAUCGUAUCACGGCACUUUGCCUGGGAUUCGAAGCCAAGAGACUCAAGGUUGAGCUGUUGCAGACAGAAGCAGAUCUCACGUCCAUUAUUGGGCUAUUGGGCCGUCAUUGUGUUGGCGAGCGGGAAUAUUUGGGGAGCGCCGUGUUGACAUUUGAGCGGAUCCUGUCGAACACCACCGAUUUGUUGUUGCGCGUUGAUCUGGCGCGACAGACAGGUCAAAACACGCCACACGGAUUUCCAACACGCGCCGAGGGACUUGUUGAGCAGCUCCGAGAAGGGUGCAAAUUGUUGGCCAAGAUGGAGGAGAACUUGAACGUGGGAGCAGGAACCCGCGGCAAAAGUCGGUCAUUCUUUUCGGGGUGGAGUGAAGACGUGUUGCAGGAACAUCACGACCGGGAACAUUUGUUUACCGGACUUGGGUGGAAAGAACCGGAACGAUGCGACUGUCUGGACUAUCGCUGA